AGAGAGCAAAUUGCACCAAAAAUAACGGGAAAAAUAUUGGAACACCAAGAAAAAGAUGGCACCUCCACCUUCUUCAACAAUUUCCCGAGUAAUUACUCUUCUUUUGAAGAUUGUCAUGUUUACUCUUCUCUUAGCAUCACUGGUUGUACUAGUCACCGACACCGCAACCAUAUCAGUCGACCUUUUUCCAGACUCGACAGUUCAUUUCGAUGAUAUUUAUACUUAUCGAUACGUGCUUGCUUCAAUUAUCAUUGGACUUGUUUACUCACUCUUGCAAACUGCUUUCUCUUUAUACCAUAUUGCCACCGGAAAUCGAUUGAUAGCAGGAGAUGGUGCCUUUGUUUUUGAUUUCUAUGGGGACAAGGCUAUAUCAUAUAUGGUAGCAACUGGUUCUGCAGCUGGGUUUGGUGCAACUAAAGAUCUUAAGGCAUUGGCUGAUGCGGCAAAGCUUGACCUUGACGACUAUUUUGACAAAGCCUACGCAUCUGCUAGCUUGCUUCUUAUCGCAUUUUUUUGUGCUGCCACGUUAUCUGUUUUCUCAUCCUAUGCCCUCCCGAAAAUGGUUAACUAAUUCUAAUAAUUCCUAUAUAUAUAAAUAUAAAUAUAUAUAUAUAUAUAUUUACCAGAGCUCUCAUGUUCACAAAUUUUUUUCUUUUUAAUCAACUUUCCUUUCCUCAAGAUUACGGAGACUAUAUGUUUAUG